CAGAUGAAAUUGGGCUCAAAAAAGACCUAACCCAUCAUAGAUUCAGUGACCCUAUAAAUAACCUCAGCCGUUGCCGCCACUCCGAAACCCUAGUCGUCCCUCAGAGCCGAGCAGGCGAGUUCUCCUAUCAGCGCCUCAAUCCUGUCGCUUGCAGCCAUGGCGGAUGUUGAAACAGACGUCGCACCAGGACAGCCGAAGAAGAGAACGUUCAAGAAAUUCAGUUUCAGAGGAGUCGAUCUGGAUGCACUCCUGGACAUGUCUACUGACGAGCUUGUAAAGCUCUUCCAUGCUCGCGCUCGUAGAAGGUUUCAACGUGGUUUGAAACGGAAGCCUAUGGCAUUGAUCAAGAAGUUGCGUAAGGCGAAACGGGAGGCCCCGCCUGGUGAAAAGCCAGAGCCAGUAAGGACUCACCUCCGCAACAUGAUUAUUGUACCCGAAAUGAUUGGCAGCAUUAUUGGUGUUUACAAUGGCAAGACCUUCAAUCAAGUGGAGAUUAAGCCUGAAAUGAUCGGUCACUAUCUUGCCGAAUUCUCAAUCAGUUACAAACCCGUUAAGCAUGGAAGGCCCGGUAUCGGUGCGACUCACUCUUCAAGGUUCAUUCCUCUUAAAUGAAGACUACGAACUUGUCUCUUUUCUAGUUAUGGAGAACUUUUCACUUGCUGUGCCCGAACUAUUUAUAUAGUUUUUAGAUGAUUCUGCAAUGCAUUUUCUUUUAUCGCUGAACCGAGCUAUGGAUGUUGUGCCCAUGAAAAAUUUAGUGAGCUUUCUGAUUUCUUUU